AUGCGUGUAAGUAAGCCACCCAGCCAUACGUACGUCACCUCAGCAGGACACCGUCUGUGCUCUCAGCAGGACACCGUCUGUGCUCUCAGCAGGACACCGUCUGUGCUCUCAGCAGGACACCGUCUGUGCUCUCAGCAGGACACCGUCUGUGCUCUCAGCAGGACACCGUCUGUGCUCUCAGCAGGAAACCGUCUGUGCUCUCAGCAGGACACCGUCUGUGCUCUCAGCAGGACACCGUCUGUGCUCUCAGCAGGACACCGUCUGUGCUCUCAGCAGGACACCGUCUGUGCUCUCAGCAGGACACCGUCUGUGCUCUCAGCAGGACACCGUCUGUGCUCUCAGCAGGACACCGUCUGUGCUCUCACCAGGACACCGUCUAUGCUCUCAGCAGGACACCGUCUGUACUCUCAGCAGGACACCGUCUGUGCUCUCAGCAGGACACCGUCUGUGCUCUCAGCAGGACACCGUCUGUGCUCUCAGCAGGACACCGUCUGUGCUCUCAGCAGGACACCGUCUGUGCUCUCAGCAGGACACCGUCUGUGCUCUCAGCAGGACACCGUCUGUGCUCUCAGCAGGACACCGUCUGUGCUCUCAGCAGGACACCGUCUGUGCUCUCAGCAGGACACCGUCUGUGCUCUCAGCAGGACACCGUCUGUGCUCUCAGCAGGACACCGUCUGUGCUCUCAGCAGGACACCGUCUGUGCUCUCAGCAGGACACCGUCUGUGCUCUCAGCAGGACACCGUCUGUGCUCUCAGCAGGACACCGUCUGUGCUCUCAGCAGGACACCGUCUGUGCUCUCAGCAGGACACCGUCUGUGCUCUCAGCAGGACACCGUCUGUGCUCUCAGCAGGACACCGUCUGUGCUCUCAGCAGGACACCGUCUGUGCUCUCAGCAGGACACCGUCUGUGCUCUCAACAGGACACCGUCUGUGCUCUCAGCAGGACACCGUCUGUGCUCUCAGCAGGACACCGUCUGUGCUCUCAGCAGGACACCGUCUGUGCUCUCAGCAGGACACCGUCUGUGCUCUCAGCAGGACACCGUCUGUGCUCUCACCAGGACACCGUCUGUGCUCUCAGCAGGACACCGUCUGUGCUCUCAGCAGGACACCGUCUGUGCUCUCAGCAGGACACCGUCUGUGCUCUCAGCAGGACACCGUCUGUGCUCUCAGCAGGACACCGUCUGUGCUCUCAGCAGGACACCGUCUGUGCUCUCAACAGGACACCGUCUGUGCUCUCAGCAGGACACCGUCUGUGCUCUCAGCAGGACACCGUCUGUGCUCUCAGCAGGACACCGUCUGUGCUCUCAGCAGGACACCGUCUGUGCUCUCAGCAGGACACCGUCUGUGCUCUCAGCAGGACACCGUCUGUGCUCUCAGCAGGACACCGUCUGUGCUCUCAGCAGGACACCGUCUGUGCUCUCAGCAGGACACCGUCUGUGCUCUCAGCAGGACACCGUCUGUGCUCUCAGCAGGACACCGUCUGUGCUCUCAGCAGGACACCGUCUGUGCUCUCAGCAGGACACCGUCUGUGCUCUCAGCAGGACACCGUCUGUGCUCUCAGCAGGACACCGUCUGUGCUCUCAGCAGGACACCGUCUGUGCUCUCAGCAGGACACCGUCUGUGCUCUCAGCAGGACACCGUGUGCUCUCAGCAGGACACCGUCUGUGCUCUCAGCAGGACACCGUCUGUGCUCUCAGCAGGACACCGUCUGUGCUCUCAGCAGGACACCGUCUGUGCUCUCAGCAGGACACCGUCUGUGCUCUCAGCAGGACACCGUCUGUGCUCUCAGCAGGACACCGUCUCAGGACACCGUCUGUGCUCUCAGCAGGACACCGUCUGUGCUCUCAGCAGGACACCGUCCACCAUCGCCAUCGCCAAUCGCUCGCCGUGCAGUCCGACGCAUGCGAUGCUCUCUACAUUGCCUUGCGACGUGCAGCUGCGACGCGGUGCUACGACUUUCUCGGCACUCGCGGAGCAGCCAGACGCCCGUGA